AUGAACUCUGGAGAAUUAAAUAAGGAACAGAUUGAGGAUGCUCGCUCUGUUUUUGAGGUAUUUGAUACUGACAGAAAUGGUCUUGUGGAUAGAAGAGAGCUUAAGGCUGCUUUAAGAGCUUUAGGGUUUGAUGUGGGAAAGAAAGAUAUAGAAUUAGUUUUUACUGGAUGUUUUGGUAGCAGUUAUUUAGGUAUGAGUUCCCUUUCAAAUAAAGCUUUGGGCAAUUCUAUGGGAUCUUCUCAUAUGAAUGAAUACUCAUCAAGUAUAGGUAAGGACCUGGAGGGUGAGAGAGGAGUGAAUUUUGAAGAGUUUUGUCAAAUUUUGGGAUAUUUGAUGACAAGUCAAAAUCAAUUUGGGGUUGGAGCCUUCUAUGGUACCUCAGAUCCUUCACAAGAAGUCUCUAUCGAAUAUGUUAAAAGGGUCUUUUCUCUAUUUGAUAUUGGUAAUAACGGAAAAGUUGGAAUAAGAAGCUUAAAAACUCUUGUUUCACAAAUUUCCAGAGAAUCCCUUUCUUUAAGUAUAAGAAAUCCAAGUGAGUCCGGAGAUACUUUAUUUUCAGAUGAUGAUCUUAACCAAAUGAUUAAACAUAUUGAUAGAGACGGUGAUGGAUUUCUAGAUUUUGAAGAUUUUUAUAGAGUUUUCCAGUAUUGUCAUUCAAGUACAAAUAACGAAAUUAAUUUCUAA